AUGGUGCUACGUGCUACGGUCUGUGCUGUAUUUCUGCUUGCAGAGAUUUUACAUAGCUUCCAGGUCUAUCAUGACCUUUUAGUUUCGGGUGAAAAUGUCACAGAAAUCCCGGAGGAUGCGUCAGUCAAUAGCACGGUGGUGCGGCUGAGAGAUUCUCUUGUUGCCGCCAGCCGGGUUAGUUCUGCAGACGACGACAACGGGACGUGUUGGUCAGCCAACAUCACCACGGGGGACGAUUGGGGACGGUUCGGGGUUCGCGCUGAGGACUGGGCGGUGGUCGUAGCGGCUCCGCUGGACUACAGGUUACAAUCGCGGUACAACCUUACCGUGGAGCUGACAAACACCGGGAACAGGAACGUCUUGUAUGUGACCCUCGUUAUCUUAAUCAUAGACGUGUCUGGAUACCCGCCAUUCUAUAACAAACAGUGUGAAACGCCAGUCCUUUUCGAUAAAGAAAGGAACGGGCAAUAUACUGUAUUCAGUAGCGAGGGAUUUUAUACUACCAUUGAUGGAGAAAUAGUUGCGUCUUACGACGACUAUCUUCAGUACCCUGCACCAAGAGACAACACCGCUAACUUGGACUUAAAAGGAGAUUGUUCUGCAAAGUUUGUCAUCAGUUUAAGCAGGUUAAGUGGAGACUACGUCAUAUUCUCCUCCGUGCUCCAUUCUCCUCCUCAUAGAGGUAGAGUCGAAUUCGUAUGUCGUGACCGAAAGGGGAAGAGUAAAGGAGGGAUUACUUUGUUGGACACUACUCUCGAUAACGACUUGCCUCAGUGGGUAGAUAGUGGAAAAUUCAAGAUAGACCGCUAUUUCUUUGCUUUCGAGUUGAAUGAGAUACGGUCCACGUUACCAUACUGGUUUCGAUGUAGCUCAAACGCCACGUUCGUCGGAGGGAUAGUUCUGAUAGAGUUUACAUUUCAGUACAACGUAACAGGAUGUCCUGAGGGGUGGUACGGUGUGUACUGUGACAAGAACUGUGUUUGUAAGAGCGGGGCCCGGUGCCAUGGCUUUAACGGUGCCUGUAAGUGCCGUCCGGGCUGGAGAGGGAGGGCCUGUGAUGUUCCCUGGCCCGAGGUUGCUAUUUCAGAGACAUCUGGCGAUUCAGACGUGAAGUACAUCUUUACCAAUUUGACCUUGACCUGCCUUGCUCCGCACAUACAAGUAGCAAAUAUGACCUGGGCUUAUCAACCAGAAAACACACAUAACUACACAAAAACCAUCAAUAAUAAGACAGUCCAGAACAGUUCUAUCAGCUUUCAGCCGAUCCUAGAAUCAGCUAAUGGCAAAUAUAUUUGUAUGGUCCAAGCUAGAGAUGGUCGACAUUUCAAUGCGACUUUUAUACUUAACGCCACCGAAUGCCGACCCAACUACCAUGGGGAAGUUUGCAGCCAGGUGUGUGACUGUGAGUACGGAGGGACGUGUGACAGGUGGGAGGGGUGUCUGUGUCCUGCCGGCCGUCGCGGAGACAGGUGUCAGCACGAGUGCGCCCCUGGCACGUUCGGAAGGAACUGCAGCAUGAGGUGUUACUGCGAAAACAACGCCUUGUGUGAUCCAGUCAAUGGCAGCUGUAUUUGUGCUGAAGGACAGUCGGGUGAGUUUUGUCAGAACGUCUUCCUUCCUAAGAAGACCCAAGUUGUUGUUGUAGUGUUGGCGUCCGUUAUUCCAACCAUUGUUAUAAUCGGUUGCAUUUUAGUUGGAGUCCUGGUUAAACGGGUUAGCCGACGCAAAAGAGGACCGGAACAGCCAACAGGGAAUUUAGAAAUGACGUCCGUCAUUGAAACCCUUUCGUCAUGGGAAGUAGAUAAAGAGGACGUUCACUUGGAGCACAUGAUCGGGGAGGGAGAGUUCGGCCAUGUCGUACGGGCAAGACUUCACGUGUCGGAAUUAGGCUACGAGGUUUUGGUCGCCGCUAAAAGUAUCCGGCCCGACCGCAUCACAGCGUCUGCUCUCCGCGACUUUCGCCGAGAAAUGCACAUACUCGCGAGAAUCCACGAGGACAAAGAGGGACACCCGAACGUGGUGAAGCUUUAUGGAGUUUUGACUAAGUCGGAGCCUCAGUACAUCCUGGUAGAGUACGCGAGCAAUGAAGAACUACGCCGGUACCUGUGGACUUUGCGUGAACAGUGCAAGAUCACGGGGGAUAGGAAACUGUUAGAGCGUCUCGGUUUCGCUUCUGAUGUGGCCUGUGGGUUAGCGGAGCUGGCACGUCUGAAGAUCGUCCACCGGGACAUCGCGGCUCGUAACGUCGUCAUCAGCGACAGGAAGGUAGCUAAGAUCGCGGAUUUCGGACUGGCGCGUGACGUCUACAUGUCGUCGGCGUACGAACGCACCGAGCAGGGCGGGGAGGAGGAGCUGUUGCCGCUGAAGUGGAUGGCCGUGGAGUCGUUACGGGACGGGGUGUACACGUGUGAGAGUGACGUGUGGUCGUACGGCGUGUUGCUGUGGGAGAUCGCCAGUUUUGGGGAGGAGCCGCGCUACGCUGGCGGUCCCAUGCACCCGGACGUCUGCACACUGUUGGAGCUGCUGAGGAAAGGCGUCCGUCUGCAGCAGCCGCAGAACUGUCCGCUGCCGGUGUACCGCAUCAUCAGGUCAUGUUGGGUAUUUAAUCCAUCAAGGCGACCAACGGCGGACGAGCUAUUACAGCAGAUUAACCUGCUGAGGCCAAAUAGACAUGCUGCACACCCGGAGAAUCACAACAUUCAAUAAUGCCCCAUUCCCACUAGGGCCUUGCUGAUAUGAAACUACCCGAACCGCGAUUCGGGUAACUCGCAUUCCUCACAUCUGGACC